AGGGCUUUUAAAAGCAGCUGGAAUGCAGUUCCCCAGAUCAGUGUAGCCAGUUGUUGCCUGUCUGAACCCCUGCCAGUCCUGGAGAGCGGUGCUCUGAGCUCAAACCAGCCCGCCUUGCUCUGCACUCCUCGACCCCGUCCUUAUCACCGGAGCAAGAAGAGCACACGUUCCCACCUGUGCAGCCAUGGAGGAGGACGCUGCCCAAGCCGAAAAGGCCCAGCACCCGAAUUCUGACCUGCGGCAGGAGAAGCCGACCAGCCCCAGCCCGGUGCCCUCCUCCACGCCCAGCCCCAGUGUGAACCUGGGGAGCACGGAGGAGUCCAUCCGAGACAACUCGCAGGUGAACGCCGUCACAGUGCUCACACUCCUGGACAAGCUGGUGAAGAUGAUGGAUGCAGUGCAGGAGAACCAGCACAAAAUGGAGCAGCGACAGAUCAACCUGGAGGGCUCCGUGAAGGGCAUCCAGAACGAUCUCACCAAGCUCUCCAAGUACCAGGCCUCCACCAGUAACACGGUGAGCAAGCUGCUGGACAAGUCCCGCAAGGUCAGCGCUCACACGCGGGCCGUCAAGGAGCGCCUGGACAGCCAGUGCGCGCAGGUGAAGCGGCUGGAGAGCAACCACGCCCAGCUCCUCAGGCGCAACCAUUUCAAAGUGCUCAUCUUCCAGGAAGAAAAUGAGAUCCCUGCCAGUGUGUUUGUGAAAGAGCCCGUUUCCAGCCCAGCGGAAGGGAAGGAGGAACUUGCUGAUGAAAACAAGCCUCUGGAGGAAACCUUGCACACAGUGGACCUCUCAUCGGAUGAUGAUUUGCCCCAUGAUGGGGAGGCCCUGGAAGACAGUGCAGAGGAAGCUAUGGAAGAAAGUAGAGCAGAGAAAAUUAAAAGAUCCGGCCUCCGGAAAGUGGAUAGCCUCAAGAAAGCCUUUUCUCGCCAGAACAUAGAGAAAAAGAUGAACCAGCUGGGGACAAAAAUUGUAUCUGUAGAGAGGAGAGAGAAGAUUAAGAAAUCUCUCAUUUCCAAUCACCAGAAAAUAUCCUCAGGGAAAAGCUCCCCCUUCAAGGUCUCUCCCCUCACUUUUGGUCGAAAGAAAGUCCGAGACGGGGAAAACGCUGCAGAAAAUGAAACCAAGUCAGAAGACAUGCCUAGCAAUGACCAGGUGCCGAAUGACCACGAGGAUAGCUCAUUCGCAGAAGGCCUUUCCCAAGCAUCCCUCACCAAUGUCCUGGUGGAAGGGAAGGGGGCCGAGGGGGAUGCUGGGAGGGCAGCCUCGAGGGGGAGUAACUCUGGCAUGGACAGCAACGUGGACUUGACUAUUGUGGAAGACGAAGAGGAGUCAGUGGCCCUGCACCAGGCACGGCAGGCGCGCUAUGAGGGAGGCUACGCGCUAACCUCCAGAGGGGCAGAGCUGUCAGACGAGGAGCCAUCGCAGCCACCUGUGCUCCAGGUGGACCAGACAGCCUAAAUGGCACAGCCCUCUGGGCCCAGCCUGUGACUUCAGUUAGGUGGCACACCAGCACCUAGCACAAACUGCUGCCCAUCUCCGGCACUACCCAUCACUGCUGCGUCAUUGUCCGGGCAGUAAUCCUUUACGGUCAGCAGCCGCACACCUGUAACCGAGGUUUACUAUGAAGGCUGCCUGUCAAGGGCUCCACUUCUAAUUUGCUCUUAGGUUCUAUUUCUGUAGAAUUUUCCCAAGACUGCUCAGAAAAAAAAUGGAGCAGUUGAAAAACACGGCUCAGUGUGGCUCAAUCAGAAAAACCAGAGGCUAUUUGAGAUACUAGUCAUGAAAUAUGAUUAAUUUUUUGUCAUUCCAUAAAGCUUGCUGAAUAUUGUACCAGUAAUAUAUUGAAAUUCCACAGAACUCUGUGAAUCUAACUGUUAUUUUUCAAGUGUGUGAUAUUCAAUAUACAUGUGUAUUUAAGCUAAAGGUGUAACUGCUUUCUAUUUUAAAAAGAAAACACUUUAAAAAGGUAGAUAAGAAAGUUCACUUAGUAGAAACCAUUGUUUUAUUGAAAAUGAAGUAAAAGUUGAAAGAUUAUAAUUUUUAGCUAAUGAAGUAAGAUAUGUAGAAAAUAUAGACUAUUAGAAAAAGAAAACUAAGAAAGAGAUGUGGGAAAAUAAGAGAAACAGGAAAGAAAGAAUGCCAAAGAAAAUGAAGACAGAGAAAAAAUAUAUGCUUAAAAGUAGAAUAUUUACAAUAUUAGUUCAAGUAUAUCACUUUUUAGAAAAAUACUGAAGUUCAGAUGUCCUGGAAUAAUAUUAUAUUUUCACAAUAAUUUUAUAUUCUAACACUUUCAAAUAAUAUAAAAACAUUUUACUUUGUUAAAGCUUCACUUUUUCUUAAAAAAUAAAAGGCAUUACAAAUACUUAGGAAGCGCAAAAGGACGUUGUCUCUUUAACAUUGGAAUGAACAUAAAUCUUUAAAAUUAAUACAUACUGCCUUUUCUAGGACUUUGGAUCAUACUAUUCUUUAAUAUAUUUUUCAAAUUUGAAAUAACUUUUACAUUCCAAAUAUAAUGUUGGUUUAAAAGAUAUUAAAAUCAAAGAUUUUGGAAGGGAAGCCUUCUGUUUUUCUUUUUUUUAUACAUAAUGGUAAUUUCAGUCCAGGUCAUAUUUAUAUGUUAACUUCACAUAAUUUUAACAUGUUUCUUAUUAAAACAUGCUAGUAUUUAUAUAUAUGUGCACAUAUAUUUAGAGAGGGUAAUUUUUACUACUGCAUAACAUACUAAAAUAUUGCUUUAUUUUUAAUUACAGAAUACAUAUGUUUGGAAAAAACUAUCAAACUAUACUUUAAAGACAGGUAGCAGAGAGCAAAUUCUUACCUUUAGUUUUUACCUCUCACUAUAAGUAACCUUAUUAAUAUAGCUAAUCCAAGACAGUAUUAGCAAACUGCUUUGUCUUAUAAAAGAGAGAAGUUUAACAAAUAUGUUAAUGGCAUAACCUAUUCAGCUAUGUCCUUAUUUUGCAAUAAUGUAUCCCAAAUAUUAGAUCACUGAACUAACAAUGGCUGUGUUAAAAAAGACUAAAUAAACCAAAAAUAAAAAGUAUAUAA